AUGAUGUGUGAAGUGAUGCCCACGAUUAAUGAGGACACCCCAAUGAGCCAACGGGGGUCCCAAAGCAGUGGCUCGGACUCGGACUCCCAUUUUGAGCAAUUGAUGGUCAAUAUGCUGGAUGAAAGGGACCGUUUACUGGACACACUUCGAGAGACCCAGGAAAGCCUCUCACUUGCCCAGCAAAGACUUCAGGAUGUCAUCUACGACAGAGAUUCACUCCAGAGACAGCUCAAUUCAGCCAUACCCCAGGACAUUGAAUCCCUGACAGGAGGGCUGACUGGCUCUAAGGGUGCUGAUCCACCGGAGUUUGCUGCACUGACUAAAGAGUUGAAUGCUUGCCGUGAACAACUUCUUGAAAAGGAAGAAGAGAUUUCAGAGCUGAAAGCAGAAAGAAACAACACCAGACUGUUACUGGAGCACUUGGAGUGCCUUGUGUCCCGACAUGAAAGGUCACUAAGAAUGACAGUGGUCAAGCGGCAAGCCCAGUCUCCCUCUGGAGUGUCCAGUGAAGUGGAAGUUCUCAAGGCACUGAAAUCUUUGUUUGAGCACCACAAAGCCUUGGAUGAAAAGGUAAGGGAGCGACUGAGGGUUUCUUUAGAAAGAGUCUCUGCACUGGAAGAGGAACUAGCUGCAGCUAAUCAGGAGAUUGUUGCCUUGCGUGAGCAAAAUGUUCAUAUUCAAAGGAAAAUGGUAUCGAGUGAGGGGUCCACAGAGUCUGAACAUAUUGAAGGGAUGGAACCAGGCCAGAAAGUUCAUGAGAAGCGUCUAUCCAAUGGCUCCAUAGAUUCGACAGAUGACACCAGCCAGAUUGUCGAGCUCCAAGAAUUGCUUGAAAAGCAAAACUAUGAAAUGGCCCAAAUGAAAGAACGGUUAACAGCUCUCUCUUCCCGGGUGGGAGAAGUGGAGCAAGAAGCAGAGACGGCAAGAAAGGACCUCAUUAAAACAGAAGAAAUGAACACAAAAUAUCAAAGGGACAUCCGAGAGGCCAUGGCUCAGAAGGAAGAUAUGGAAGAACGAAUCACAACUCUGGAGAAGCGUUACCUGAGUGCACAGAGAGAAUCUACCUCCAUUCAUGACAUGAAUGAUAAACUAGAAAAUGAAUUGGCGAACAAGGAAGCCAUCUUGCGGCAGAUGGAAGAGAAAAACAGGCAAUUACAAGAGCGUCUUGAACUGGCUGAACAAAAGUUACAGCAGACCAUGAGAAAAGCUGAAACGUUACCUGAAGUAGAGGCGGAACUUGCUCAGAGAAUUGCAGCCCUAACGAAGGCUGAAGAGAGGCAUGGAAAUAUCGAAGAACGUAUGAGGCACCUUGAGGGUCAACUUGAAGAGAAGAAUCAAGAACUUCAAAGAGCUAGACAAAGGGAGAAAAUGAAUGAAGAGCAUAAUAAAAGAUUAUCAGAUACCGUGGACAGGCUUCUGACAGAAUCCAAUGAGCGCCUGCAACUGCACCUGAAGGAAAGGAUGGCCGCUUUGGAAGAGAAGAAUGUUUUGAUUCAAGAAUCAGAAACCUUCAGAAAAAAUCUUGAAGAGUCUUUACAUGAUAAGGAAAGAUUAGCAGAAGAAAUUGAGAAGCUGAGGUCUGAACUUGACCAAAUGAAAAUGAGAACUGGCUCUCUAAUUGAACCCACUAUGUCAAGAACUCAUAUAGACACCUCCGCUGAGUUGCGGUAUUCAGUUGGGUCCCUCGUAGACAGCCAGUCUGAUUACAGAACCACUAAAGUAAUACGAAGACCAAGGAGAGGCCGCAUGGGUGUGCGAAGAGAUGAGCCAAAGGUAAAAUCCCUUGGGGAUCAUGAAUGGAAUAGAACUCAGCAAAUUGGAGUACUAGGCAGCCACCCAUUUGAAAGUGACACUGAAAUGUCUGAUAUUGAUGAUGACGACAGAGAAACGAUUUUUAGCUCAAUGGAUCUUCUCUCUCCAAGUGGUCAUUCUGAUGCCCAGACUCUAGCUAUGAUGCUUCAAGAACAAUUGGAUGCAAUCAACAAGGAAAUAAGGCUAAUUCAAGAAGAAAAGGAAUCUACAGAAUUGCGUGCUGAAGAAAUUGAAAAUAGGGUGGCUAGUGUAAGCUUAGAAGGGCUGAAUUUGGCAAGGGUCCAUCCAGGUACCUCCAUCACUGCCUCAGUUACAGCUUCAUCACUGGCCAGUUCAUCUCCCCCAAGUGGACACUCAACACCAAAGCUUACACCAAGAAGCCCUGCCAGGGAAAUGGACCGCAUGGGAGUAAUGACCCUGCCAAGUGAUCUAAGGAAACAUCGGAGAAAGAUUGCUGUGGUGGAAGAAGAUGGACGGGAGGAUAAAGCAACAAUUAAAUGUGAAACUUCUCCUCCCCCAACACCCAGAGCCAUCAGAAUGACUCACACCUUACCUUCUUCCUACCACAAUGAGGCCCGGAGCAGUUUAUCUGCCUCUCUUGAGCCAGAAAGCCUUGCGCUUGGCAGUGCCAAUAGCAGCCAAGAUUCUCUUCACAAAGCCCCCAAGAAGAAAGGAAUCAAGUCUUCAAUUGGGCGCUUGUUUGGUAAAAAAGAGAAGGCCCGACUUGGGCAGCUUCGAGGCUUCAUGGAGACAGAAGCUGCAGCACAAGAAUCUCUGGGAUUAGGCAAACUUGGAACUCAAGCUGAAAAGGACAGAAGACUGAAGAAAAAGCAUGAACUUCUUGAAGAAGCUCGUAGAAAAGGAUUGCCCUUUGCCCAAUGGGAUGGACCCACCGUGGUUGCGUGGUUGGAGCUCUGGCUGGGAAUGCCUGCUUGGUACGUGGCAGCAUGCAGAGCCAACGUGAAAAGUGGCGCCAUCAUGUCCGCUUUAUCAGACACUGAAAUCCAAAGGGAGAUUGGAAUCAGCAACCCUCUGCAUCGUUUAAAGCUCAGACUAGCCAUCCAGGAGAUGGUUUCCCUCACCAGCCCUUCAGCUCCUCCGACAUCGCGAACUCCUUCAGGAAAUGUGUGGGUGACACAUGAAGAAAUGGAAAAUCUGGCAGCUCCAGCAAAAACGUGUCCGGUUUUUCUACAGACCCUGGCUUAUGGAGAUAUGAACCACGAGUGGAUUGGAAACGAAUGGCUGCCCAGCCUGGGGUUACCUCAGUACAGAAGCUACUUUAUGGAAUGCUUGGUUGAUGCAAGAAUGUUAGAUCAUCUCACAAAAAAGGAUCUUCGUGUCCAUUUAAAAAUGGUGGAUAGUUUCCAUAGAACAAGUUUACAGUAUGGAAUCAUGUGCUUGAAAAGAUUGAAUUAUGAUAGAAAAGAACUAGAGAGAAGACGAGAAGCAAGCCAACAUGAAAUAAAAGAUGUUUUAGUGUGGAGCAAUGAUCGAGUUAUUCGCUGGAUACAAGCGAUUGGACUUCGGGAAUAUGCAAAUAACAUUCUUGAGAGUGGGGUGCACGGCUCACUUAUAGCCCUGGAUGAGAACUUUGACUACAGCAGCUUAGCUCUAUUGCUGCAGAUUCCAACACAGAACACCCAGGCAAGGCAGAUUCUUGAACGCGAGUACAAUAACCUCUUGGCCCUGGGAACUGAGCGACGACUGGAUGAAAGUGAUGACAAGAAUUUCAGACGCGGAUCAACCUGGCGAAGGCAGUUCCCUCCUCGUGAAGUUCAUGGAAUCAGCAUGAUGCCUGGGUCCUCAGAAACAUUACCAGCUGGAUUCAGGUUGACCACAACAUCUGGGCAGUCCAGAAAAAUGACAACAGACGUUGCUUCAUCAAGACUGCAGAGGUUAGACAACUCCACUGUUCGCACAUACUCAUGUUGACAAGUCACUCAAAGGAGGCAGCACUGACCUGCUAUGUCAUCUUUUCAGUCUACACGACCUAAAGUGCACUACCGGCUAAGAAGACAAACGGAGAAGCCUUUGUGAAGACUGAAUUCUAAGGGAAUAAUAUAAGUAAUGGUUUACCAAACGUUAAAUAUGUGACUCUGGGGGGAGUUGGGUCUUGAUUUUGAUUAGUUUACUAUGAUUGUAAUAAAAUGCUUAAGUCAUCUGAUAUAAGGGCAUCAUCCACGUCAUAACUUCUGUACGUCUGAUGCCUUUAUGAGAUGGAACCACCUGUCUUUUUUCAUGUUGUAAUAUAAUAGGCAUUUAUGUAUUACUGUGUAUCAUUUCUUUUUAAAUGUGUAAGUCUUCUGUAAAUGGAUAUAAAUAUGAUUUUUUUAAAAAAAUAAAAUAUAUGGUUCAUGGAGUCUCGAGUGCAAACAUUAAACAAUUCCAAGUACUGUUUGUAUUUUACCAUUCCACCAUUUAUACGGUUUUUGAAUUGUAACAGUCAAUCAAUAUGUUCCUUAGAAGUGUGUUUCCUGCUUCAACAUGCUUCAAGUCUGUUUAACCUUAAAGCUGAACACCUGCCUCUGAUCAUGGGAUUUAACCUGGAGCCCAAAAUGACCUUUCAAGGCAAUCAGGGAUGUGAUACCCCCUCUCUCUCUCCUUACAGAAGCACUGUGAUGGCUCAACCUGUUUCAAAAGAAAACAAAGCCAAACUGUUUACAAGAGUCAAAUGCAAUGAUUUUAACAAUUUAUAUUACAGAAACCAUUACCUAAUCUUGUUGCCUGUGGACCAAGAAACACACACACACACACACACACACACACACACACGAAACACACACACACACGAAACACACAUACACACAAACCACAAACACAUGCAUACACACACACACACACACACACACACACUUUAUUAACAACUACAUGUUCAUUCAAAUACCCUGAACUUCCAGCCAACACUGGACAGUGAAUGUCAACCAUUGUAGAGUCUGGGGUCCAUUUCCACUGGGGAGUGGGGUGGAGGGCUAGAACCCCAUAACCCACCCCCUUUUUAAAAUCACUGUUAACAGGGCAUUAGCCAGACUCAAGUCUGUUAUUACAAGCCUUUAGCUGAAGUAACCCUUUUUUUGUGACUUCCCUGAAUUCACUUUUCAUCAGAGGAAAUAAAGACAGAAUGAUUAACGUAUAUAGUGUAUAAAA